AUGCAAGAUGCUGCGGACCAAGAGGCUGUCGAUGCCAUCACGGCUGCCUUCCUUUCAGCUCCCACGGCGAAGCAGCGUCUGCUCACCAAGCUGAUGAGCAGCACCGACAACCGGUACCAAGAGUUCUGCCAGCAUCUCACACGCAAGGAUUGCCCCGACGCCGGAACAUGCCAGAACCUGCACUUCAAGCCGGUCUUCUAUCCGCACACCGACCCUUCGUAUGGUCAUUGCAGCUAUCUCAAUACCUGCCAUCGCACCGCCUCAUGCAAGUAUCUCCAUUUCGAAUUGGAUGCCGACCCGCCUCAGCAGCCGUUCAAUUUCAAGACCACGGAUCCACGUCACCCCCACGAGCCUGACUCGGAGGAAGCAGGCGAGAUAGGUCUCAUUCACCCGUCUCGCACACUCAAGGAGCAUGGCUUCAGCAGCUGGAUUCGGCCUUCGUCUGCAUCCGGAGCACACACUGCGGACCAAUCCGAGGCGCAGUGGAUCGACUGUGAUCUCAAAGACUUUGACUACUCGAUGUUGGGCAAGUUCGACAUCAUUCUGGCCGAUCCGCCAUGGGACAUUCACAUGUCGCUGCCGUAUGGGACGAUGAGCGACAACGAUAUGCGCUCUAUGCCUGUCCCGCAGCUGCAAGACGAAGGGCUCAUCUUCCUCUGGACCACCGGCAGAGCCAUGGAACUAGGUCGAGAGCUGCUUGCGCACUGGGGCUACACACGCAUCGACGAGCUGAUUUGGGUCAAGGUCGGUCAGACACAACGUCUCAUCCGUACUGGUCGGACAGGGCAUCAUCUCAACCACACGAAGGAGCACUGUUUGGUCGGAGCUAAGGUGCGCUCAAAUCCCAGCGAGAGGGAGACGCUGGAGAGCAGACCGAUCCCAGGGUCCACACAACAUUACGUCGGCAGUCGAGGAGCAGGUGUUCCACCACCACUUCCUGAUUGGGUGCACUGCGGUCUCAACGCCGACGUGAUCGUCUCCGAAGUCAGGGAUACUUCGCGCAAGCCCGACGAGCUGUACAGCAUCAUUGAGCGCCUCUGUCCGGGCGGACGCAAGGUGGAGCUCUUUGGCCGAAGGCACAACGUCCGCAGAGGCUGGCUCACCUUGGGCAACCAGCUCAAAUCGGACCACGUUCUGGAUCCCGAGCUGCAGCAUCGUAUCGAUGCUUUCAGGUCGAGCAGACUUAGGCAAGGACAGACUCCGCCGAUGCAAGCACAGCAGAGGCACUCUACAGCUUCGAGAACAGGCAUGGCAACAAUGUAUUGA